CAAGAUCCGCAUUUAUUUAAAAUAUAAAGCCAUGCAUUUGUUUGAUCUGACUGAUAAUUAGGUGUAAUCUUUUUAAAACCACUGAUCAUGAAAGUUAUAUCAUUGGAAUGUUAAAGGAAGAUGAAGAGGACUUUGAGGAAGAGGAGGAGGAAGAUUAUAGAGCUGGAAUCAGAGGGAACAUUUCAACAGUCUUUUCUGUCAUCUCCAGUGUUUUGUCUGGUUUUGUCAGGAACUGGGGUUGUUUUAGAGCAUCAGAGAUGUUGAACGUGCCGUCGCAGAGUUUCCCAUCAGCCGGAUCCCAGCAGAGAGUCUCUCCAGCCGGACAGUCCAGGAAUAAGGUGGCACUGAAGCCCGGGCACAGUCUGCUGGACUGGAUCCGACUGACCAAGAGUGGCCGCGACCUGACCGGACUGAGAGGAAGACUGAUCGAGGUGACCGAAGACGAGCUGAAGAAACACAACACCAGGAAUGACUGCUGGACCUGCAUUAGAGGAAUGGUCUAUAACGUGAGUGCGUACAUGGAUUUCCAUCCUGGUGGGGAGGCGGAGCUAAUGAGGGCUGCUGGGAUUGAUAGCACUGACCUGUUUGACCAGGUGCACCGGUGGGUGAACUACGAGUCCAUGCUGAAGGAGUGUCUGGUGGGCCGGAUGGCAGUGAAGCUCGGUCCCGCUCCUCAAGCUCAGACGGAGAAGACUGAGAGCACUCAUGUGAACGGUUUGUCUGCUCCUCCACCCUUAAGACUGGAGCCGUUAUCUGCUCCUCUCCCCGCCAAAGAUCAUCGCCCUCGGUAUGAUUGGUUCCAGACAGAAGCCACUGUCAAUAUUGUUGUUUACACCAAGCGAAAGAUUCCCAGCUCCGGCUGUGCAGUUGUGGAUCUACAGGGCGAGACUCUUCGGGUGGAGAUGCUCUUGGGGAAGAUGUCGUACCUUCUCUACUGGCGCCUGUCCAGUGAAGUUCAAGGACGUGUUGAUGUCCAGACGGCCCACUCUGUAGGAAAAGUACAGGUUUGUCUGCGCAAAUCUGUUAAAGACAAGUGGACGAAAGUGGGGCAACCGCUGGAACUCCAUGACACAUUUACUCAGUGUAAAGAUCGUGGGCUCUUCUACAGGGAAUGUGUGUUGGUUUCAAAAACAGAAGUCACACAUGACACGCAGGUCUUGCGUUUACAACUUCCUCCAGGGUCACGUAUGCAAGUGCCUGUGGGGAGACACGUCUACCUCAAAACGUCUGUCCAGGGUACAGAUGUUGUGAAACCCUACACACCAGUGGAUCAGACACUAAUACCUCCCGCACAACCCAGUGCUGAAACGGGCUCAGACGUACAUCUCAUGAUAAAGAUCUAUCCUGAUGGAGUGUUGACCUCGCACCUCGCCAGCCUUCCUAUUGGAGCCGCUCUGUCAGUGGGCGGCCCUGAGGGCUCCUUCACGAUGCGUGUCCUGCGGGACGUCACUCAUCUCUACAUGUUAGCAGCCGGCACAGGAUUCACACCGAUGGCUCGCCUCAUACGACUGGCCCUACAGGAGCUCACAUCAAUCAGAAAAACCAAGCUGAUGUUCUUCAACCGUCAGGAGAGGGACAUUCUCUGGCGCUCUCAGCUGGAGGAACUGUGUGUGAAAGAGGAAAGGUUUGAGGUGGAGUGUGUUCUGUCCGAGCCUGCAGACUCAUGGGAAGGCAGAAGAGGGCGGAUAGAUGCGUGUGUGCUGCAGAACCUCCUCGAGAGACCAGACAACUCCAAGAGCUUAGUGUGUGUGUGCGGCCCGACUGGAUUCACAGAGCUGGCAGUGCAAUUGGUCAGACAGCUGGACUUCAGUGAAGAGGAAAUCCACAUUUUUCAGGGCUGAUUGAGACAUGGAUUUCUGACACACUAUCUCUAUGCAUAUAAAAUGCACUUUCCAGUUAUAAUGGAUCUGCGACAACCAUUCUACCACACCGUCUUUUCAUUUGUGGAAAUCCAAUGUACAAUCAAAUGCGUGCACUAAUAGAUUCUCGUAUAACACCGACAUCUCCACAGAAGCACUUGCUUUCUAACAUCUCUAU